GCCUAAGCAACUGUUAUCUGGUAGACAGUAUUCUCAAAUUGGGAUUUAUGAUUUUAUAUAAUCAAGCAAUUGAGUGGAUAAACCAGGGAAAAGGGCCUCUUAGGGAAAAUAAACAAAGAAAUUCGGGAAAAGGCGAAAUCCUGGAUCACCUGGCCGCACCUUUGGUUCCGCAGUGUUGGCAUCGAAGGAUGUUAUAUGUGCCUCUUAAAAAUCGUAAUGGACAGAAAACGAGAACCGAAACCGAGGAAGUGAGGGGGAAAACGCAUGAGAACGAAAGCAAUGGCGACCGCCGAAGGAAGCGCGGUGAUUCUGCCAGGGCUGGUUUAACAGGUCUGACUACCGUUUCCACUUAAAACGAUUUAGAAAAGCGGAAGUGAAGAAGUGGAGUACAAGAGCGUGCAGCAGAGUACAUCCCGCAUUACUAUCCAAAUAAACCAAAGGUUCUUCUUUUCCACGAUGCCUGAGGAAUACUAUGGGAAGAACGGAGAGCCAAAGAAGUUCGAUCCUACAUUCAGAGGGCCCAUUCACAACAGGGGCUGCACUGACAUCAUUUGCUGCAUCCUCUUUAUUUUGGCUAUAUUGGGUUAUUUUGCAGUGGGAAUUCUGGCAUGGUCUCAGGGGGACCCCAGGAAGGUGAUCUACCCUACGGACAGCAGGGGGCAGUUCUGUGGGCAAGUUGGUACCCCUUUGGAGAAGAAACCCAAUCUGUUCUACUUCAACAUCAUGAAGUGUGCCAGCCCACUGGUUCUGCUGGAGCUUCAGUGUCCAACCACACAGAUCUGUGUGGAGAAGUGUCCCGACCGCUUUAUUACUCUGAUGCAAGCCCAGAAGACAACGGAUAUGGAUUACUACAAAUCCUACUGCGUGGGAGGCAUGGAUGUCUCCAAAAUGGCGGCGCCAGAAAUCCUGAAGAAUGGGCUUUGUCCCUCGAUGCUCCUUCCCAGCAAACCCGUGACCCGCAGGUGCUUCCCAGCUUUUGGCCAAAAGGACGGAGUGCUCGUCGUGGGCAACAACACCCAAUUCAAUGACCAACAAGGGACGACCAUAAAUGCCGUUGACCUUGUCAAUGGUGCCAGGAAUGCUACAAUAGUUAAAGAGGCCCGUCAGCUGGCCAUGAAGAUCUUCCAAGAUUACACUCGUUCCUGGUACUGGAUCCUCAUUGGGUUGGUGGUAGCCAUGAUAAUCAGCCUCAUCUUCAUCGUUCUCCUGCGCUUCCUGGCAGGAGUGAUGGUGUGGGUCAUGAUCGUCAUGGUCAUCCUGCUCAUCGGCUAUGGCAUCUUUCACUGCUACAUGGAGUACGCCAGCCUGAAGGACCAGCAGGGAGCCAACAUCACCCUCAAAGAGCUGGGCUUCCAGAGCGACCUCACCGUCUACCUGCAGAUCCGCCAGACGUGGCUGGCCUUCAUGAUCAUCCUCUGCAUCGUGGAGGUGAUCAUUAUACUCCUGCUGAUUUUCCUCAGGAACAGAAUCUGUAUCGCCAUUGCGCUCAUCAAGGAAGCCAGCAGGGCCAUCGGCUAUGUGAUGUCAUCCCUCGUCUACCCUCUCUUGACCUUUGCCCUACUAGCGGUGGUGAUAGCGUACUGGGCCGUCACUGCCAUCUUCCUGUCCACCUCCAGCGAGGCGGUCUAUAAAGUGUUCAAUGACACGGCGUGCAAUUACUCUCGGCAGACCUGCAAUCCGGAGAACUUCAACACUUCCACGGUCAAAGCCGUAUGUCCCAGCGCCAAGUGCCUGUUUGCCUUUUACGGGGGCGAGAGUCCAUACCACAAGUACCUGAUCGUGCUGCAGUUCUACAACCUCUUCCUCUUCUUCUGGUGUGCCAACUUCGUGACGGCAUUGGGUCAGAUGACCUUGGCUGGUGCCUUUGCCUCCUACUAUUGGGCCUUCAAGAAGCCGGAUGACAUGCCUGCGUUCCCCAUAUUUGCAUCUUUGGGCCGAGCGCUCAGGUACCACACUGGCUCUCUUGCCUUCGGUUCCCUGAUCCUGGCCAUCGUCCAAGUGAUCAGGGUUCUGCUGGAGUACCUGGACCACAAACUGAAAGGAGCCCAGAACAGAUGCGUGAAGUUUCUGCUUUGUUGCCUGAAGUGUUGUUUCUGGUGCCUGGAAAAGUUCAUCAAGUUUCUCAACAGAAAUGCUUAUAUCAUGGUGGCGAUAUAUGGCAAAAACUUUUGCACCUCGGCCCGGGAUGCUUUCUUCCUCUUGAUGAGAAACGUAAUCAGGGUUGCUGUGCUGGACAAAGUAACGGACUUCCUGUUGUUUUUGGGCAAGCUUCUCAUUGUUGGAGCCGUGGGGAUACUUUCUUUCUUCUUCUUCUCCGGGAAGAUAAAGGGGACUGACAAUGUGGUGCCACAUCUCAACUAUUACUGGGUUCCCAUACUGACACUGGUUGUGGGCUCCUACCUUAUUGCACACGGUUUCUUCAGCGUUUACGCCAUGUGUGUGGACACACUCUUCCUCUGUUUCUGCGAGGACCUGGAGCGGAACGACGGCUCUGAAGAGAAGCCCUAUUUCAUGUCCCCGAAGCUCCGUGACAUUCUCUUUGAGGACAGGGCGUCUACGGAGGAGAAGGGAGAGCGGGCCGAACAAGAGGAAAUAGCUUCCCAGCCCGAGCAUCUAGUCAGCGGUGGUGCGACUGCAGUAACAUCUGGGUCGAUCGCCCCAGAGCCGUUGCAGACUUGAUCGAACACGUCUGGGCCGUGACAAGGAGCUCUGUGAACAUUCCUUCACACAAAGUGCCGUGGGACCUACAACGGCUGCAGGGGCUCCCUUGGAUAACGGCCGCAGCUUUGAGUUGGCUGCAAUUUGGCAAACGUAGAGUGUGGAAAGAUGUGCAUUCGCUCCUGUGCACAAGAAAAGGCUGAAACUUGAGACAUCUGGCCAAGAAUUGGAAAAGCCCCAAAUGGCAUUGGGUUAUGGGUCAUGCAUGUUCUCGACUGUGUUAAAGAGCAACCCAGGUGCAACGACUCAAUGUGCCUGACGAGUGUGGGCCGUCUGUCCUGCUUUAUAUGAAUAUAUGCAAGGGGACGCCUUCUGUCACAGUCAGAAAGUGGGAAUCCGGGUUGUUCGCUGGUGCCGUAUCUUUCAGCAGUGCUGUAUGGAAGAGCUUGUUUCGUAACAUGUGACAGACACAGACUUGCCUUGAAAGUUCAGGCUGCUGGUUAGCACCGGGACUCUCUGUAUCGGCAUGCCUUCAGCUCUUUCUCUUGCAUGCGGGCGACUGUGCUUUUAAUGCCUUAUUAAAACACCCAGUUCGUUGGA